UGCGUGUUGUGGAAGUCGGAGUUGCCCGCCCUUUCAUUUCUGCCCGGCGGCGGACCUGAGGGAAGAGGGGCUCCUUUAUAUUGCCAGCAGCGACUUCAAAGUCACCUAAAAGGGUAGUACAUGUGGACCAGUACUGGAAUAGCUGAGUGUCUCUACUCCCAUAUUCACACUAUGUUGGAAAUCCGUUUGAUUUUGUAACCAGAUGGAGUCCAAGAGAAAGACUCAGCGUCAAGGCACUUUUGAAUGUGAACUGUGUGGAUUAACUGCCCCAUACAGCUACUUUGGACAGAAACCUCCAAAUUCCUACUCAGCUGCCCUCCUGGAAGAAUGCUAUGUCAUGACAGAUCCAUUCACCUCUGACAAGGACAAAUUCCUCAUUCUUGGAUCUCAGUGUAGUUUGUGUCACAAGUGUGUGUGCGUUGGCACAGACUGUAGCCUUUUCUAUUCCAAGAGAUUUUGCCUUCCCUGUGUUAACUUACACAUACAGGAGUUUCCUUCAGAAAUAAAGCAAGAUUUGAAAAAGAAAACUCAUUCCCUAUCGUCAAAAAAAGGAGAUUCCGGGGAGUCAAUAAAAAUCACUCCAAAAAGGCAAAUGGUAAGAGAGUGGAAGUCAGGAGAACUUAAAGCAAAAGAAAUGCGCUUUGUCAAUAAGCAAAAUGUUUGGGAGGAGAGCCGUCCUUGCUUAGUAGAAUACACAGGCCUGCACCCUAUCCAAAAGUGUUCGAGCAAUUCAGGGACCCUCUCAUUGACCCCGUUACACUACGAGACAAUAAUCAGCCAGAAAGCUAUAAGAUACAGAGAAUCAUAGGUUUAAAAAGGAGCAAUUAAGUAACAUGGAUGAAAAGGUGCAAACACAAAAAGGAUGCUUUUAAAGCUACUCAGUAAAUAAAUUUAUUUCAACUUGCAUAACUAACAUCAGAGCGACGUUUGUUUCUCGUUCACUUCAACUUGCCAUCCCAAGCGUUUCA